AGGAGAGGGGAGGCUGCAGCCUGUGGGGAUUGCACAUCACAGCGCCGGGCUGCUCCUUCAUGUUGUCUGCCCUCAGCUGCUAUAACUUGCCUGCGCUCCGGUGUCUGUGCUCCGCUCUCCGGUGCUGUGGGUGUUCGGUGUCCGGGCGGCUCUGUCAGUCUGUGGAGUGGGCACAGCCCGGGCAGCGGAGGAUGUGGUUCAGCUGAACAUGCAAAGCUACAUAUUUUGUUCGUGAGUUCAGCGCUGAAGGAAGUGCAGAGGAGCAGCGGCGGCGGGAGCUAGAGCCGGUCCCCGGAGAGCUCCGUGUUACCCCCGUGUCACCACAGACAGCGCCGGCCACUCAGCUCCGCGGAGCCCCCAAAACUUUCCUGCGCCCCCUGCUAUGUGACUGCGCCUGCCGGAGAGACAGCGACCUGUGCAAGAGACAGCCAGCGGCACUCAGCGCCCGUUACAAUGGGUUGUGGAUUAAACAAGCUUGAGAAAUUUGAUGAGAAAAGACCUGGAAACAUCUAUUCAACGUUGAAGCGACCACAUGUGGAAACCAAGAUAGAUGUGUCUUAUGAAUACCGAUAUGUAGAUUUUACAACAAUCACUCAAGCCCAGUUACCAGGAACAUCUGCUGUCCGAAUUGCCUCUUUACGUGAUCUACCUGAAAAGUUACAAGAUUUGUACCAGCAGGGCUUCACUGUGGUUGCAAUACACCCAUUUGUUCAGUCCAUUGAAGGAAAUGAGAGGAUUCCUCAAGAGGAGAUGUUCCGCGUAGUCCUCAUAAAGAAAACUGAAAGAAACUCAACUUGUGAUCAGAACGUGGAAGAGUAUUGCUUGGAAGUAGAACCCUGUACAUCGUCUGACCAACAAGCGGACCAGAAACUCAUACCGGACUUGGUAAAGAGGAUUGAGGAUGCUGCCAGUCAAGGAUCAAAGUUUGCUGGAAUCGUACAGGGAUACUACAUUCCAAAGGACCUGCCAUACAGCCUGUCUGAUAGCUUGAGUCAAACAAGCUCUCCAGAAUUCACAGCUAUCAAUAAAGCAUGCAGCGAUACAGAGGAUCAUACUUCAGCAGAUAAGAAGUCGGACUGCACUAAUGGAAGCACUUCACCAGCAAAGAGCAGGGAAAGCACUGAACAGUCCAAAACAGUCGAUGGGCUGGAAGUUAUCGAGCAGCAAAAAGCAAAGUCUUCACCUCUGGAUGACAUAGAUCAAUUAGAAGAACUGAACUUCUGCGUUUCUAAUGAGGAUGUGUUCAUCCAGGAUAAGAUUACCACAGAGCCUACAAUGCCGACCUACUGCAGCAGAAAAUCUGAGAUUUUGGCUCUUUUUAAUAAACCAAAAACACAACAAAGGUACAGAAAAUAUUACACAUUGAAAAUCCCAAUGAAGAUCACAAGGGACAAAAAUGUCAUCACUGGCCUGGAAGCAAACUGGUUGGAAUACAUGACGGACCAUUUCAGAAAAGGAUGCUCUCUAGUCAAUGCAGUGUUUUAUCUUGGAAUGAUAAGUGACACUUCUUCAGAUUUUACAGAUGGCGUAUUUAUUUUCGAAGACUUUCCAGAGCAAGAUGCAAAGACUAUAAAGCGCUAUGAUGCCAUUGUCGUGGAACAGUGGACCAUGAUUGAGGGGUUUGAGGUGCAGGCAGACUAUUCGCCUCUCUUGAGUUCCCUGGCUGUGUAUGGAUGGCAACUGACAUGUGUCCUUUCAACGCCAAUUGUUAAAACCAGUAGAGAUGGCAGUGUCACUACCAAGCAAAUUGUAUUCAUGCAGAGGCCAGCACUACCCCAUAAGACAAAGAAGAAGGAACCAAAGUUCCACUUGAGGUUUUCCAAAGAUGAAAAGCACAGCAAGUCCUCAAAGAAAGGGAAAGGAAAAGUUAAUUCCAAGGACAAGGAGACUGAUCGAAACAAGAGAAAUGAAGAGCAGACAAAAGCUGAUGAUACAGUAGACAUACAUGGGAACCACCAGACAGAUGGAAAUAUCUUACAAAAAAGUGAUGGUCUUCAGGAGGAUGUGAUAACCCAACAAAAGAACGUGGAGGUGGAAGAAGCCCCCAUAUUACUUAAUGCAAAUUCUUCUCCACUUGUGGAAGAGUCACCUGAAAACAUGAAGGAUGAAGAAUCAGGUUGCACUGAUGGGAUAAAAAUUAUAGAAAUAAAGUCAUCGGAUCAUGGGGUUGUAGCUGAUGGAACGAAAGCAGAGAAUGAUGCCAGCCAAGGUGAUGUAGAUACCCAGCUGAUUGAAAAUCUCCAGGUUGAGGACACAAAAUAAAUGUCCUGCUAUGUGACUUACAAGAGCACUUUGACGCUGAUGAUAUACUUAGAGAAUAUUAUGCUUCAGUUCUUUCUGUACUUUUACAUCCAGAAGAUUCAAUGAUCUUGCAGUAGCAGGACGUGAGAGACAAAAGUUACAGUCUUGAUGGCCAUGAGCAAACCUCUUACAUGCUUUUUAAGACCCAUCAGUCACGAUAAAGGUCUUUUGGCCAAAUGGUUAAUGUUGUAAAAUUAGCAAGUAAAGCUGGACAAAAUUGUUUGAGGGAGAUACACCUAAAUAAGGUGGACAUGUUUAGAAAUGUAUCUACUGUUAUCUACUGAAUGACACUUACAUGACGUAACUUUACUGAUGAUUCUGAGGGUAGUAGUAUAGCAAAAGCUGGGACUUGUUUAAUAUACUCUCCCCAGAACAUGGCAGUGAGUCCUAACUAUCUAAAACAGGCAAAGCAAUAUGGAGAGGCCUAAAAAAAAAAAAAAAAGAAGAAAAAAAGUGUAAUCUUUACCGCUUCAUCACAUUUUAAAUAUAUUUAUAUAGAUAUAUAAAUGCUUAAAUUAUCUGCACAGGUAAAAUUCAAAACUGUUUUGUAUGCAGCGUUUUGCAUAUAGUUGCACUUCAUAUUAUUUUGAUAUAGUUUUGUUUACUGUUUUGUACAAAGAGAUAUUCUGUAUUGAAAAGUUUUAGCUAUCAGAUAUACCGAAGCCGGUAAUUAUUGUUACAUGCAGCCUUACAGCACAUACUGUGUUUAUUCUUUGUGGGUGGACUUUGUUAUAAUUAAAGCUUCAAAUGACAUUUUCAAAUGGGCAAAAAAUAUCUAGCCUUUUGUUAUCGGUUUCAAUUAUUGCUUAAGUAAAACUUUUAAUGAACAAGUAAAAUUCAAAACAAAAAAAAAUGCGCCAAUGUGAUCGUAAAUUUGUCACAUAUUUUAUGGAACCUAAAUAAACUGAUCAGUAUUGCUCUGUAUGAGACAUAAAGGGACAAUACAUGCAAACUGAUGUACUGUGUUAAAAAGGAUGAUCUAAAGAUUACAACUUUUCUUCUAUCCAUAGGAUAAAUGAGAAGGGUCUGAUUGCCUGGACCUCCAUUGAUCAUGAUAACAGAGUUCUAUAGUGCCGCUGUGUAAAUAAAGUUGCAGCUGAGCAUGCACUCUGACGCUCCAUUCACUCACUACAGGAUUGCCAGAGAUAGCCAACAGCAGUAAUUGGCUACCUCCAUCAGUCUUACAGUAAGUGACUGUAACUGCAUCAUGCUUGCUCGACUGCUGCUCCAUUUACAUCGGGAGACAGAAGACCCCAGUUUUCCUGAUCAGUGGGAGUCCCAACAGUCAUUUAUGACAGGUCCUAUGGAUAGGUGAUAUGUUGUGAAUUUAGGAUAGUCCAUUUAAAGUGAACCUCAAAUGAUGGUCAGGCGGCAGAAUAUCUGUUUUAAAAUUCCUAUUUUGCAGCCCGAGACUUGCCCCGAGAUUAGGAGAUGUCUCUUCAUUGCUUUAGUUUCAGGGCAAGUCUAGGGAUAAGCAGUUGCUGGGAAUUUUAAAAAGAUAUCCUGCUGCUGAACCAUCGAGGUAUGCUUUAAGGCUAGCCAUACACUUGGGACUUUGGCCACAAGAUGUUCAAUCAAAGUCCAGUGGGAUCAUUCAUACGAAUGGGUACAUACAAUCGUGACAAAAACAUGUCAGGAUAAACAUGCAGAUCAAUGACAGUGAGCUCAUGCACAGUAGCAAAUGAUAGUCCAAAUGCAGCCGAUUCAGUAGACUUAGGUCUGCCAAAAGUCUGAUCUGCCCUACCAGUCUUUUUUGCUGAAAAAAUAAACAAUGAGGGAGAUUUAUCAAAACCUGUGUAGAGGAAGAGUGGUGCGGUUGCCCAUAGAAACCAAAUCUACUAUCUGCCAUCACAAAUUUAAAUAUAACUUACCAGAUGAUGGGCAUCCAAAAUAGUUAUCAUUAUCUUAGGUAUAUAGCCCGCCUAAGCCUAGUGCAAGGAUGGCAAAGAGAUACAAAAAACACCUAUAAGAGAAUUUGAUUGUCAUGUACCUACUUUUCAGUGCAGCUUUAGACAUUAUACAGUGUAUCACAUUUGUCUAGAGUAACAUUAUUUUAAAAUAUCUAAAAUAUGCUAUACAUUUUUUUAUGCUUUUUAAGCUCUUUAAAAAUUCACAAUAUAAAAGGAGCACAAUAACAUUGAAUUCAUUGUAAUCCAUGAAUCUAGAAUAUGUUUUUAUUGCUUGGAAGGCAUCCAAAAAACAAUGUUAUAUUGAUAUAUGAGCAUUAAUAGGAAAGAAAAACAGCUGAAAGACAAUACAAUUACUCCAUAUGCAGUAUAUUCCCAAUAUAAUUUUUUUGUAUAGAUUUAUUUUUUUUUGCUAUGGAACACAUUGUCAGACGUGCCCUGGAGAUGCAACCAAUCUUAAAAAAAAAAAAAAAAAAGAACGAA